AUUACGGUAUUAAUUUUUAAAAUUCAGGCAAUAUAUCUAGAGACCCAAUAGAGAACCGGAAGUAUGAAGGACCUACCUUAUAAGACCUCACCGCGCAUGCGUAGAAGCCUCUUUUACUGUGGGGAUAAUGGCGGGUGAAACAAAGAAGAAGGUUCCCUCAGUCCCCGAAAGCCUCUUGAAGAGGCGACAGCGGUAUGCUGCCAUCAAGGCCGUGCGUCUGAAGAAGGCGAUGGCUGACAAGAAGGCACGCAAAGUCACCAGGAAGCUCAUCUUCAAGAGAGCUGAAGCUUACCAUAAGGAAUACAGGGAGAUGUACAGGCGUGAAGUCCGCAUGAACAGGAUGGCUCGCAAGGCAGGCAACUACUACGUCCCAGCUGAGCCCAAACUGGCAUUUGUCAUCAGGAUCAGAGGUAUCAAUGGUGUCAGCCCCAAAGUCCGCAAGGUGCUUCAACUGCUCCGUCUCCGCCAGAUCUUCAACGGUGUCUUUGUCAAACUGAACAAGGCCACCAUCAACAUGCUCCGAAUUGCAGAGCCCUACAUUGCCUGGGGCUACCCCAACCUUAAAUCUGUGCGAGAGCUCAUCUACAAGCGUGGAUUCGGCAAGAUCAAGAAGCAGCGCAUUGCACUCACAGAUAACUCCCUGAUUGAGAAGACCCUUGGUCAGUGUGGAAUCAUCUGCGUUGAGGAUCUCAUCCAUGAGAUCUACACUGUUGGAAAGAACUUCAAGGCUGCAAACAACUUCCUCUGGCCAUUCAAACUGUCCUCUCCUCGUGGUGGCAUGAACAAGAAGACCACCCACUUUGUUGAGGGAGGUGAUGCAGGAAAUAGGGAGGACCAGAUCAACAGACUCGUCAGAAGAAUGAACUAAGAACAUUAGGUGUUUUGGAACAUUUCUGCUGUUGGUCUGUGUGAAAAUAAAAUCAUUUACACAAA